AUGAAGAAAAAGCAGAUACAACUUUGUAAAGAGGAUCAAAUCGAUAACAAGGAUUUAAUUGUUGCGUUGAAUCUUGAUUAUGCUGCCAAUUCAAAACUGACUACUUUGACCAUUAUUGUGAUCAAUAGCAAAUGCUUCGGAACAGGUCAAUCUCGAGCUAUAUGCGUUCCACUUGCAAUUUGGUCUGGAGAUGAGAGUGAAUUUGUUCAUGUGGCAGAUCAUUUCCGAAAGGAAAUUGAGAUUAUUCGGAAGCACGGAAUAACAACCGAAUCGAAUCAUUGCUCCAUUGAUGUGUUUUUAACGAUGGAUUUGAAAGCGUUAAGUGUGGUCUGUCCUGGAGUGAAACAAGGAUCGUGGUGCCCAUACUGCGACACAUGUAGUCCAAUAUGUUGCAAAAACCACAAACCCAGAACAGAGGAUUCAUUGGGCUGUAUUCUUGGACUACCUGCAUGCAAUAUUAUUAUUUGCGUCCUUCAUGCAAAGGAACGGCUGUGUGAAAAUGUUUUGAGAAUAACAUUGAGUGGUGUUAAGGAGAAAGACAAGUUUUGGGAUGCUGUUAUUAAAAUCAAGGGACUUGAAGGCUUACAGAAAGUUGAAGACGAAGAAUGGAAUGAUGUUCGUAUGUUUCUUCAUGGAAACACAUGCAACAUUCUUCUGAACAAUGUUGGAGUGAUGUCUCUGUUUUUCGAGAAGGAACAAACACAAAUGUUGUGGGACGCAUUGAAAUGCUUGUUGAAUAAUAUUGACAAGAAUGCAUCGGAUCAAGUCAUUUCGGAAUCAUUAUCGUUGUUUUGGAAUAUUUAUGUUGCUGCUGCUCAAGGAUUCCAAGGUAAAUGUUGGUACGCUCAUAUUUUAGCGAAACAUUUUUUAGCUCUCAAGUGCAGAGUCAGAAAUGUAAAGCAAUUUGAAACUCAAGCAUUCGAAAGCAAUCAUCUUGAAGAGAAGGAAUCAAUAGAAGGAGCAUCAAGCAAAGGUGGUGGCACUCCCUAUUCCUAUUAUGAUUAA